CCGCAGCCCUCGAGGGCCGCUAGGGGUCGUCGCGGCCGCCCCGGUUCUUCCUCCGCCCUCCCCACCCCACGCGGCUGUCGGCGCCAGAGUCAAACGGGGAGGCCGCGGUUUGCACCAUGUCAAAGAAGAAAGGACUGAGUGCGGAAGAAAAAAGGACCCGAAUGAUGGAGAUAUUUUUUGAGACGAAAGAUGUAUUCCAACUGAAAGACCUGGAGAAGAUUGCUCCCAAAGAGAAAGGCAUCACUGCCAUGUCAGUCAAGGAAGUCCUUCAGAGCUUGGUGGACGACGGCAUGGUUGACUGCGAGAGGAUCGGGACAUCCAAUUACUACUGGGCUUUUCCAAGCAAAGCUCUUCAUGCCAGGACACGCAAGCUGGAGGCUCUGAACUCUCAGCUGUUGGAGGGAAGCCAGAAGCAUGCAAACCUGCAGAAGAGCAUCGAGAAAGCUAGAAUUGGCCGGCAAGAGACCGAAGAACGAGCCAUGCUUGUAAAAGAACUUUCUUCAUUUCGGGACCAAAGGGAUCAACUUAAGGCAGAAGUUGAAAAAUACAGAGAAUGUGACCCACAAGUAGUAGAAGAGAUCCGUCAAGCAAAUAAAGUAGCCAAGGAAGCUGCCAACCGAUGGACGGAUAACAUAUUUGCAAUAAAGUCCUGGGCCAAAAGAAAAUUUGGGUUUGAAGAAAAUAAAAUUGACAAAAACUUUGGAAUUCCAGAAGACUUUGACUACAUAGACUAAAAUGUUGGACAAUGCAGGAUUUGCAGGCUCUUAAAUCAUCAAGUCUUAAACAUUGUCUGACUAAUGCUGCCGAAUUUCUAUCUACUGUUAACUGUUUAUCAUUUUACAAUUUUAAAUAAA